UUUGGUUCUUUCUAUUUUGCUUGCUCCACUGUGGGCAACAUAUGAAUCUCCAAUGCGUCAAAACACUCUGCAACUACUAAGUCAAUGCAAAUCCAUUUCCCAACUGUGCCAAAUCCACGGCCACAUCGUCACCACCGGUGUGUUACCUCCCCACACAUCCCCCAUCUUCAACAACAUCCUCUUCACCCUCACCACCCUACUCUCCGCCCCCAACACCGCCACAACCCAGUAUUCCAACUCCAUAAUAACCUACUAUGCACUCUCCCUCUUCCAUUCCCUCCCAAACCCCACCACAUUCUCCUUCAACACCCUCAUCAGAAUCCAUACCCUCCUCCUCUCCCCUCUCCCUGCCCUCCGCCUCUUCUCCACCCUCCGCCGCCUCUCCCUUCCCCCUGACUUUCACACCUUCCCUUUUGUCCUCAAAGCCUGCUCUCAACUCUCUUCCAUCUCCCUCGCCCAAUCCCUUCACUCUCAACUCCUCAAGUUCGGCCUUUUACCCCAUUUGUACGCCUUCAACUCUCUCAUACGUGUUUACUCCAUCCUCGAUAGAGUCAACGAUGCCUACAAGCUCUUCUACGAAUGUCCCCACAGAGACGUUGUCUCCAACAACGCCUUGAUUAACGGACUCGUAAAAACCCGCCAGAUUUCCCGCGCGCGGCAACUGUUCGACGAAAUGCCCGUGCGAGAUGAAGUAUCCUGGGGGACCAUGAUCGCGGGGUAUACUCACUCGAAACUUUGGAACCAAGCCAUUGAACUCUUUACUGACAUGAUGGCUUUGGAGGUUAAGCCGGAUAAUAUAGCGCUGGUGUCGGUUCUCUCCGCUUGUGCUCGGUUGGGGGAGUUGAAACAAGGUAGCAUCGUUCAUGAUUACAUUAAACGUAAUAGGAUACGAGUUGAUUCGUAUUUGGCAACGGGGUUGGUCGACUUGUAUGCGAAAUGUGGGUGUGUUGAGACUGCGAGGGAUGUGUUUGAGUCUUGCGAGGAGAAGGAAGUAUUCACGUGGAAUGCCAUGCUUGUUGGGUUUGCGAUUCACGGAGAAGGAUCGAUGGUGUUGGAGUAUUUUUCUAGAAUGGUUGCGGAGGGAGUGAAGCCUGAUGGGGUGAGCUUGUUGGGGGUGUUGGUGGGGUGUAGCCAUGGGGGUCUAGUUCGUGAAGCGCGAAAGGUUUUUCAGGAGAUGGAAACUGUGUAUGGGGUUGCUCGGGAGGAGAAGCAUUAUGGAUGCAUGGCUGAUAUGUUUGCCAGGGCUGGGUUGAUUGAGGAAGCGGUGGAGAUGAUAAGAGGGAUGCCAAGUGGGGGUGAUGUGUUUGCGUGGGGAGGGUUGCUUGGAGGGUGUAGGAUUCAUGGGAAUGUUGAGGUUGCAAUGAAAGCAGCGAAGCAAGUAAUGGAGAUUAAGCCUGAAGAUGGUGGGGUGUAUUCUGUUUUGGCUAAUAUUUAUGCUAACAGAGGACAAUGGGAUGAUUUAGUCAAGGUAAGGAGAUCAUUGAGUGCCAACAAAAGGGCCAAGAAGAUUACUGGUCGUAGUUUGAUCAGACUGAAUGACGAUACCUAGGCUAAGAUUCGGAUGAUAGAUUAUGGGGGGAGGGAUGUGUAUAGAUUAUUUGCAUGUUACGUUAGGAUCUUUAUUAUUGUUUUUGUUUGUAACUAAAUAUUAUUCUUAGUUUUUUGGUGUCCUCCAGCCAGCUCAAGAGCUUUGUGAGGCCUUCUUUUGGUUCGUGGCUAUGCAUCACAGGAAAUACGUCGCCUAUUACAUUUUUGAGUAA